CAAAAAUAACCUUCGACAUUCACUGUUUUCCAUCUUGUUUACGUUCGCCACCAAGCAAAGUCCAGGAAAAAAACGCAAUUCAAGCUGUAUAACAAAAUUUUCUGCGUCGUCCAGAAGCAUUUAACAUCCAGGCUUCUUUCGCUUGCUCGUGCACUGUACAGCAUCACAAUGUCCGCAGAACACUCACUACCGGAUGUGAUUGGUGGCGUCGCUCAAGGAUCAAGCCAAAACAGCGAGCUCCCCGUCGGUGAAGGUAAGCCCAGCGGAAGUGUGAAAAACACCGACGCGACGAAGGUAGUGAAUCUUGAUUCGGCGGUACCGGGUGCCGAAAGGAAGCCCAGUCCAGUGCAGCAGCAACCCCCGGAUUUUUCACAGUUUGACGACAGCGAAGACGAAGAACAUUAUCAAAGUGGGGGUUUCCACUCGGAUAUCAGCAUCGAACGAAUAAGGCAAUACCUCUCCGACAAGCUGGGAUUCUACACUACCGACUCCAACUACGAUGAUAAAGAUGGGACUCCUAGAAAGCGGGUGCUGGAAACGGUGGAUAUUGAUGGCGUUAUCAAACACUGGAAGAAUGGAGGCUUCAAAAAGAUAGUCACAAUGGUUGGAGCCGGUAUUUCUACUUCUGCGGGGAUACCAGAUUUUCGAUCCCCGGACACCGGAUUGUACAACAACCUACUGAAGUACAAUCUUCCGUAUCCACAAGCAAUUUUUGAGCUGGAAUAUUUCUACCAAAACCCCAAGCCAUUUUUCCAACUGGCGAAGGAACUCUAUCCGGGCACUUUUAAGCCAACACCUUCGCACUACUUUGUAAAACUCCUCGAGCGAAAAGGAUUGCUCAUCCGACACUACACCCAGAAUAUUGACACCCUGGAACGUAUAGCUGAAAUCAACGAAGAGAAGAUCGUCGAAGCUCACGGAACGUUCUUCACCAACCAUUGUUUGCAGUGUAGAACUGCAUAUUCUCUGGACUUUGUAAAAGAGAAAAUAUUCGAUGAUGAAAUACCGACGUGUGCGUGCGGUGGCGUUAUCAAACCGGACAUAGUCUUCUUCGGAGAAGGUCUCCCGGAACGGUUCCACGUGCUGCCGAACAAGGAUUUCGCCGAGUGUGAUCUGCUGAUCAUAAUGGGAACAUCGCUGACGGUGCAGCCGUUUGCGUCCCUGGUGGAAUAUGUGAACGACGAUUGCGUCCGGCUGCUAAUCAACCGGGAUAAAGUCGGCGGCGGAGGAUUAGGCUUCCUGCGGUCCAUGAUGUUUGGGGAAGGUUUGUGCUUCGAUCUGCCCGGCAAUCGGCGGGAUGUGGCCUGGACCGGCGAUUGUGACGAUGGCUGUUUCUUCCUCGCUGACAAGCUAGGACUUGGGGACGAACUGCGUGACAUGAUCAAAGAAGAGCACGCCAAGCUGGAUGCUGCGCAGAAGCACUUCCCAGUGUCAAAACCCAAACCGGACGAAGCGACAUCCUCCGGUAGCGUUCCUCUGAGCCAUGACAGCGGACAUGCCAUGAUAAACGAAGCAAUCGCUUCUGCGGCAGCGAAAGUAUCCCCGAUACCGGAUCUGGUUACAGCAAAUAAUCUGCAUCGCGACAAGGAAAAUUCGACCAAGACGGAGGAUGUGACCAAGAGCGAUUAAACGCGGUUACAAAUUGUAAAUUGUAGACUUUUUGUAGAGAUGGUUAUUUAAACUUAGAUAUUCUUGUUUGCGACGAAUGUUUUUCGAGGGAUUUCAAAUCGUUUGAAUUUGUAGCAUAAGCUAGAAUGCAAAGCGGGUUUCGUCGUAAACAUGACUUAGGGGGUGAUUAAUGAUUACAGUUUAACAUCAGUAGAAAACCUUUAAACCUUGCAAUAGAACUCAAACUCCAAUUUAAAAUCACAAGCUUAGGAAAUUAUUUGUAAUAAAUCGAAGGGAUUUAGGAUUGAGGUAAUAAUGUUGUAGAAAUGGGAUACCUAGCUUUUAAAACUACUUUACACAUAAAAACGAAUUUGGAUGUAAGUUACUUUUAAUAGUGUUGACAAACUAAUUUGAAAGACUAUUAUAAAGCUCCAUGGCUGUUUCGGAUCAAACAAAAAUAUUUUAUUUCGAAUUCGAAGUUUACUCUGGCAAAGUUAGUCUAGUAAUAAGAUAAAGGCUUGAACCUAUUUAAAUGAUUAGAUUUUUAAUCAAACACAACUACUAGCAUACUUGAGUUGGCUUAAAAUAAUUCAAAACUGAACAAAAACAAAGUUAAAUAAAUUAUUAUCCCGAAAGAA